CACUGAUAAAUAGUACAGAGAAGCCUCAGUGUCAGCCAUGGGGAGCGUGGGAAACCUUCGCUAUUUGGCCUUCGUCUCUUUUCUAUUGACUUCAACUUCAUCUGCUGCAGGUGUGCUGAUCAGAUUGGCUGGGUCUACUCUGUGCUCUGGAAGAGUUGAAAUCUAUUACAACAGUUCCUGGGGAACAGUCUGUGAUGACGAUUGGGACUUAAAUGAUACUGAGGUAGUGUGCAGGGAGUUGGGCUGUGGUACAGCACUGAGUGCCCAUCAGUCGGCCCACUUUGGUGAAGGAACCGGAUCGAUCUGGCUUGAUGAUGUGGGCUGCUCAGGAGGUGAAAGGUCUGUAACAGAGUGUCAGCAUCGAGGAUUUGGGAGCCACAACUGUGGACACUCUGAGGAUGCUGGUGUUAUCUGUUCAGCAAGCCUCCAGAAGCCCAGCAUCUCCAUGAAUCCCAUUGGUAACGUUACCUGGGGUCAGGACGUAGCCAUCACUUGCUCGAUCUCAACUCAGCAUUUAGGAGGAACAUUCACCCUGCAGCAGACCUCAGGCUCCUUCAGAAAGACCCAAACAUCAAGUACCAAUUCUACUUCCUUCAGCAUCUUACAGGUGGACUUUGAUAACGAAGGAUCGUACCAGUGCCAGUAUCAGACAACGGUUUCAAGUCGAGACUUCAGCUUCCCCCUAAGUGACUCUCUCAGACUCUCUGUUAGAGUGCCACUGCAGCAGCCCAGCAUCUCCCUGACAUCGCCUAACGGAGGGCUGGUCUGGGGUUCUGAAGGUGCAGAGGUCACCAGGGGUUACAGCUUCGUCUUCACCUGCUCCAUCUCCUCCCAUUAUCCUGGAGGAGUUUUCUCUCUCAUCUUCUCUGGUUCCAGCCCCGCCAACACCGUGCCGGCCGUCAACCACUCGGCCUCCUUUACCUUCCCUGUAGCAGAGUAUGAACACCUGGGCAACUACAGCUGUGUGUAUGAAGUCACAUUGUCUACACAGAGAUUCAUCUCUACCACGACAGAGAUUAUGACUGUCAUCAUUAAAAUGCCGCUGUUGCCACUGGUUUCCUCAGUAGCUGCUGGGAUCCUGCUGAUCUUGGCGGUGGUCUUGGUGCUGGUCUGUCUGGUCUGCAAGAGAAGACGACGAGCCAAGCAGCCCGGAGCCCUCGUCCAAACUCAAUGUCGGUGCUCACCAGGACACAUGGCUGUCAGAGUCAGGAACGAUUAUGUAGAUGACACGAAUGACGACGCGGAGGAUGACGACGCGGAGGAUGACUAUGAGAACGUUAAUCCAGUGGACAUCGUGAAGAAACUCAAAGAGGAAGCAGGGAGAGUGGAAGAAGAGGAGAGUGAUGAUUACGAGCAGCCAGAGAGUGACGAAGAUCAUGAUUAUGAGGAAGCGGGCCACGCACAUGUCUGUUUUAGAGUAGAGCAAGACAGAAAAGAAGAAGAAGAAGAAGAAGAAGAAACAACCAGUGAUGAUGAAGAUGACUAUGAAAAUGUAACCCAGCCAGAUGUUGGCGAACAAGCUGUGGACAUUUAUGGAGAACAUGAUAUUUAUCAAAACUUUUGAGGUAUCCAAUGGUCAACAGUGGAUAAAACACUGAUUUUUCAGCCUGUUCGCACAGGAGUAUUAAUGCCAUGAUAAUACGCAAGGUGUUUAGCGUGCAAUAAGAACGCCUUUCUCGAUUUCCGUGUCUUUUGUACGCCAUGUAUCCUGUACUGACCGCAAUGUAAACACAUCCACAUAUAAAUGCUACGGUAAGAGUUAGUGACGUAGUAUAAGAAGAGAAAAAGACCACUGAUGGUGGGUGGGAGGGGAAGUGGUCCAACAGACAUCGGACAUUUAACCAGGAGACCGGCGUUCAAGGCCGUUGUUGACCAGUGUUUUGUUUUGUAAGUUACUUUACUGGUUGUCACAUGUUUUCUAUUGAUAUUUGUGACAUUUUUUCUGUAGUUGUGUUAUGUUGUUUCUGGAUGUUUGACUUAGUUUAGUCACUUAUUUUAAGCCCAACCAUGAUGUUUUCCUGAACCCUAACUAAGUGGUUGUCUUGUCUAAACGUAACUGUGGUCGUUUGUGUGGCGUACAAAUGUUACGGCUCUGGCCGUAUGUUGAAAUGUAUUUGUCAAAGAGUGAGUGUCCUCCUUCUUGUGAGGAUCUUUGUGUGACUGUGUUUUGUGUGAGAGUGAGUGUCCUCCUUCUUGUUAGGAUCUUUGUGUGACUGUGUUUUGUGUGAGAGUGAGUGUCCUCCUUCUUUUGAGGAUCUUUGUGUGACUGUGUUUUGUGUGAGAGUGAGUGUCCUCCUUCUUGUGAGGAUCUUUGUGUGACUGUGUUUUGUGUAAGAGUGAGUGUCUUUGCGUGGUGAGGAUCUUUGUUUUCCUUAUUAGGUUCUCGCUCUCUGAUUGGCUGGAGGUGUGGGUUCGGUCUGGGCUGUGUUGGCUGCUGAUUGGUCCCUCCAUCAUCCCGGCAGUUUAAAAUGCUCCGGUGCCCAGCAGUCCGGUGACAGAUACUGACAGCAGCCUCAUUCUGUCCUAGGCCUCCAAACCUUUGUGUUUAACUUGUGAAUUACUGUGGAUUUAGUAGCCUUUAGUUUUUGGUAGAUUGUAUAACUUGAAAUAGUCUUUUUUCUUUGUCUCAAAAAUAGUAAAUUGUUUGGUAGGGGUGAACUGCCGUUUUUCUUUUAUUAACUUUUUCUCCUGUUCAUCUGCUGUAUCCUAGGGAGCCAGACUCAGUCAUUGUAUUCUGUUUGUUUGAUUAUUUUUGUUUAAGGUUAGUCAGGGUGUUUAAAACAUAGAUUUUGUUUGUUGUUUUGGCCUUAGUUUACCCUGAGUUCAUUUGUCUCAUUGUUUUGUUUGUUGAAUUGAGUUUGGUAAUAAACCUUUUUACUUAAAUCAAAAA